CAGCCUUCAGGCCCCGAUUAUGAAGGAGGAGAGCAGUGACACAGACAAUCUCGCACACAUGAAGAUGCUUAAAGUGCCUCCUCUCAUCUUUUUGCUGAUUUAUUCCAGCACCGGAUGGCCUACACACACCAUUUGCAAGGACAACCAUUUGGAGAUAUCUUACAGAAGCUGUGAUCCGUUGCAAGACUUGGCUUUUACUCUUGGCAGUUGUUCUGGACUGACCACCAAAAGUGUUAACAUCAGAGCAGCAACAGUUUUAAGGUACAACAUCAGGGAACUCUUUGUGACGACAAAUAUCAUCUUGAAUGGCAAGAGCAUCCCAUUUUUCUCAAAACAACUUUGUGAGGGGGAUCAUCCAAACUUCAGUUUCUGUGGAAGGAAGAAAGGAGAGCAUAUCAUCUAUGAAGGGCCUGUUUCACUCGAUAUCCAUGACAUUCCCCAAGGAGACUUUGAUGUAACAGUGGAGCUGUUUAACGAAGACUGGCGCACCAUUAUUUGUAGUAAUUUUACCAUUUUGAGCCACUGAGAUUUUUCAGCACCAUCUGAAAGUGGGUUUUUUAAAGACAAAAGCUACAGAGUGCAUAUGUGCUGUGAAAAACAGAAUAUAGAGGUUUAGGUGCAACCUGCUUACGUUCUGUUGCUUUUAAGGAAGUAGUAAAACCUUUAUGUGUCAAUUCCCCCCCCCCCAGAUUCACUGAAGUAUAUUUAGCUUUAGUUUCACAACACUCUAGUUCUUUUGAUUACAUGUUUUGUUUAAGCUCAGCUGAGGGGCAAGUCCAUUAACAGUCAUGAUUCUUACUAGGGAUGGCCAUGGACUGGGGCCUAGUUUGUGGUCUGCGAGCCUGGUCCAUAUGCCAUGCCGCUGACACGGACCUCCCACGACCCUCCCGGAAGGUUCAUAAGGUCCAUUUUGGUGGGGCUUGUAAAAGCCGUUUAAAGCCACACGCCACGCGAGUGAAGGCCAAGUGGCACUUUCAUCCACUUCUGCUUCAGCCAGAAGGGAACCAGAAGUGGGUGAAGUCACCACAUGGCCCUCACUCAUACGCUGUGCGGCCUUGCAGCAGCCAUUUAAAGGGAAUGCAUUCCCUUAAAUGGCUUUCUAAGUCGUGCAGCAUCACGUACCAAACAGACCACGAUCCAGUCCGUUAAACAUGGAGUUUCGUGGUCUGGAGGUCCGUAAACCCCACAGACCUUGAACCUCCAUAGUCUGGUGUUUUUUUUCUGGACCAUGCCCAUGCCCAAUUCUUACAGGCAGAUCUGGAUUUGCCUUCAAAAUGGGGGGGGCAGAGCAUUGUGCAACAGAGAACAGAUUUUGUUCUGGAAGCAAGCCUCAAUACAUCUUUAUUGGACCCUGAACACCAUUAUAAAGGUGUUCAGGGUCUAAUGCCUCUCCACUACUACUCCAGUAAGUCAAGUUUGAACACAUGAACACACGAAUCUGCCUAUACUGAAUCAGAUUAUUGGUCCA